GCGGGGCGGGGACGGACCGGGCGGGUCCUCCGGGAGGCGGCGGCCGCAAGGGGGCGAGGGCGGACGGGAGCCGGGCGCCGGGCCGGGCCGGGCCGGGCCGGAGCGGGGCGGCCAUGCCGUACGCCAACCAGCCCACGGUGCGCAUCACCGAGCUGACGGACGAGAACGUCAAGUUCAUCAUCGAGAACACGGACCUGGCGGUGGCAAAUUCCAUUCGCAGAGUGUUCAUCGCAGAAGUGCCCAUCAUAGCCAUCGACUGGGUCCAGAUAGACGCCAACUCCUCCGUGCUCCACGAUGAAUUCAUUGCGCACAGGCUGGGUCUCAUCCCACUCACCAGCGAUGACAUUGUGGAUAAGAUGCAAUAUUCCAGAGACUGCACGUGUGAUGAGUUCUGUCCAGAGUGCUCUGUGGAGUUCACUCUUGACGUCCGGUGCAAUGAGGACCAGACUCGUCACGUCACAUCCCGCGAUCUCAUCUCCAACAACCCACGGGUCAUACCGGUAACAUCUCGGAGCAGAGACAACGACCCCAAUGACUAUGUGGAGCAGGAUGACAUCCUCAUUGUGAAGCUGCGGAAGGGCCAGGAGCUGAGGCUCCGAGCUUAUGCCAAGAAGGGCUUUGGCAAGGAGCAUGCCAAGUGGAACCCCACAGCAGGCGUAGCCUUCGAGUAUGACCCGGACAACGCGCUGAGGCACACAGUGUACCCCAAACCAGAGGAGUGGCCCAAGAGUGAGUACUCGGAGAUCGACGAGGAGGAUGCUCAGGCUCCCUAUGACCCCAACGGGAAGCCAGAGAGGUUUUAUUACAACGUGGAGUCCUGUGGAUCUCUGCGCCCAGAAACCAUCGUUCUCUCCGCGCUCUCUGGCCUGAAGAAGAAACUGAGUGACCUCCAGACCCAGCUGAGCCACGAGAUUCAGAGUGAUGUCCUCACUAUAAACUGAGGUGGCCCCUUGCAAGAGAGUGCUCAGGUGUGAGUGAUGCAGAAGGUUCUGGCACUGCUGCUCAGUGAUACCUCUUCCCUGGCCCCCCUUCCCAGGGAAGCCAUUGUGAUGUGUGGGGUAAAGCAGGAGGGAAAUCACUGAGCAUCUUCACUGGGACAGGCUUUAUCUCUGAGCGAUCCCAGAGUUUUAGGCCAGAGUUUUGGAUGCUGGUGCUUGGGAUUGGGGAGCACGUACCUCAGUUACACAAUCCUACCUUAUUUGCAUGUCUGUUCCUUACUGUGCUGAAUAAAGCCUUACCCCCCGUGUUCUUUCA